AUGGCCAAUGGCAUUGACGAGCUCAUCGGCAUUCCCUUCCCCAACCACAGCAGCGAGGUCCUGUGCAGCCUCAACGAGCAGCGCCACGAUGGCCUGCUCUGCGACGUGCUCCUGGUGGUGCAGGAGCAGGAGUACCGGACUCACCGCUCCGUCCUGGCCGCCUGCAGCAAGUACUUCAAGAAGCUCUUCACGGCCGGCACCCUAGCCAGCCAGCCCUAUGUCUACGAGAUCGACUUCGUGCAGCCCGAGGCUCUGGCCGCCAUCCUGGAGUUCGCCUACACCUCCACGCUCACCAUCACCGCCUCCAACGUCAAGCACAUCCUCAACGCCGCCAGGAUGCUGGAGAUCCAGUGCAUCGUGAACGUGUGCCUGGAGAUCAUGGAGCCUGGGGGGGACGGGGGGGAGGAGGACGACAAGGAGGAUGAUGAGGACGACGAAGAUGAUGACGAUGAAGAGGAUGAGGAGGAGGAGGAGGAGGAGGAGGAAGAGGAUGACGAUGAUGACACGGAGGAUUUUGCUGACCAAGAAAACUUGCCUGACCCCCAGGACAUCAACUGCCACCAAAGCCCUUCCAAGACGGACCAUCUCACAGAGGAGGCCUAUUCAGACACACCCAGGGACUUCCCUGAUGCCUUCCAGGCUGGCAGUCCCAGCCAUCUGGGGGUGAUCCGGGACUUCUCCAUCGAAUCUCUGCUGAGGGAGAACCUGUACCCCAAAGCCAACAUCCCUGACAGGAGACCCUCCUUGUCUCCAUUCACCCCAGACUUCUUCCCACACCUCUGGCCAGGGGACUUUGGUGCCUUUGCCCAGCUGCCCGAGCAGCCCAUGGACAAUGGGCCCCUGGACCUGGUCAUCAAGAACCGGAAGAUCAAGCAGGAGGAGAAGGAGGAGCUGCCCCCACCCCCGCCACCACCCUUCCCCAAUGACUUCUUCAAGGACAUGUUCCCUGACCUGCCUGGGGGGCCGCUGGGCCCCAUCAAGGCAGAGAACGACUACGGUGCCUAUCUCAACUUCCUGAGUGCCACCCACCUGGGGGGCCUCUUCCCACCCUGGCCUCUGGUCGAGGAGCGCAAGCUGAAGCCUAAGGCCUCUCAGCAGUGCCCGAUCUGCCACAAAGUCAUCAUGGGGGCCGGAAAGCUGCCACGGCACAUGAGGACCCACACCGGGGAGAAGCCAUACAUGUGCAACAUCUGCGAGGUCCGCUUCACCAGGCAGGACAAGCUGAAGAUCCACAUGCGGAAGCACACAGGGGAGCGGCCCUACCUGUGCAUUCACUGCAACGCCAAGUUCGUGCACAACUACGACCUCAAGAACCACAUGCGCAUCCACACGGGCGUGCGGCCCUACCAGUGCGAGUUCUGCUACAAGAGCUUCACGCGCUCUGACCACGUGGGCGGCCACCUGGGCGGCGCCGCUGUGUGCCUCCCGGGCCCCAGCCCCGCCAAGCACUUCUUGGCGGCACCCAAGGGCGCCCUGAGCCUGCAGGAGCUCGAGCGGCAGUUCCAGGAGACGCAGAUGAAGCUGUUCGGGCGUGCCCAGCUGGAGGCCGAGCGGAACGCGGGGGGCCUCCUGGCCUUGGCGCUGGCCGAGAACGUGGCCGCCGCGCGCCCCUACUUCCCGCUGCCCGACCCCUGGGCCGCGGGCCUGGCCGGCCUCCCCGGGCUGGCGGGCCUCAACCACGUGGCCUCCAUGUCUGAAGCCAACAACUAG